AUGGAGCGGUACUACCGCGUUGAACUGCUGCUCUACUACCGCCCAUUUACAGAAACUAAACAACAAGCGAAAAUGAGGGCCGCACUGAACUGCGGCAGAGCGUCUUCCGUUUCUUCCAGCAGCUUCUCCCCCUUCCCCACUAUACUUCCAAGCAAAGGCGAGAACCCUAGCCUCACGAGCACCGUGCAGCGGAGAUGGGUGAAGGCGCCGACCCCGCGCCCCCCUCCGCCGGCCUCGCUCCAGCCCGACUCCCCGGGCGUCUUCUUCACCAACGCCGCCGCAGCCGCCCCACUGGGCUCCGCCCACCGCCGCAUCGCCAUCGCCGUCGAUCUGUCAGACGAGUCCGCCUACGCCGUAAGCUGGGCCGUCGCCAACUACCUCCGGCCCGGGGACGCCGUCAUCCUCCUGCACGUCCGCUCCACCAAUGUCCUCUACGGCGCCGAUUGGGGCUCCGUCACCCCCACAUCCCCCGAGGACGACGCUGAGGUCGCCGCGCGCAAGAUGGAGGAGGACUUCGACGCCCUCACCGCUUCCAAGGCCGACGACCUGGCCAAGCCACUCGAGGAGGCCAAGAUCCCCUACAAGAUCCACAUCGUCAAGGAUCACGACAUGAAGGAGAGACUCUGCCUCGAGGUGGAGAGGCUAGGGCUUAGCGCCGUGAUCAUGGGGAGCAAGGGGUUUGGUGCGGCGCGGCGGGCCAGCAAGGGAAGGCUCGGGAGUGUGAGUGAUUACUGCGUCCACCACUGUAUUUGCCCCGUGGUGGUGGUGCGUUCCCCUGAUGAUGCUGUAGCAGAGGGCGGGGAGUCUGCCACUACGAUGGAGGCGGCGGUUGGUGCAGACGACGUGCUGCACCCUGUGCCAGAGGAGGAUGCUGAGUACCAUGACGCCGCUGAGGAGCACAAGGGUAAUUGUUUCUAUACUUUUACCUCCGUCUUUGACUAA